GCCAUGGUUACCGUCAUGUAAUUUUUAGUGACGCUACGAUAUUAUUUGCUUACGGCAGUGAUAUUUGUUUUCGUGUUAUUGUUGGAAAUAUUUGCAUUUCUUCUGUCUAAAAGCAUGGCGUUAUAUGAAGUGUUUUCACAUUCUGUUAAGAUUAAACACAAAACUACUCUCUGUUCAAAGACUUCUCUCUUUUAUAUUUUGGCAACUGCACUGCAAUUUAUAUUUCCUAUACUUGUUGCCUAUUAUACUCAAGGUUUUUUAAAGAGGACAGGAACCUAUAGAGAGCAACCUGAUGUUUCUUUCAAACAUAAAAUGCUUCUUAUCUUAGAAACAAAAUUUCCAGAGCAAUUAAUUUUCUGGAGUAGUUACAAGAAAUUAAACCAAAUGAUGAGCAGCAGGACAUUGCAGCUAAUACCAGAGAUUGAACAUAGAGAAGUUGAUGCCAAUAGGGAUGGGAAAAAGGAUGAAAUUCAGAUGUCCAUUGAUAUUCCACUAACAGAUCAAGAAAUUUAUUCAGUCAAACUUAUUCUUAUUUUUGAUUAUAAACUUUAUCUUUAUUCUUAUUUCCAAAUGGAAUGUGCUGCUUUUAUAUACUGCAGUUCGGCAUUACCAGGUUCAGCAUUGAGUGUUGUUGGUGAUCUAAUGUUCAUACAAAAGCAACCUUUAAAACACACAGGGGAAGAUGAAAGAUAUAAUAUUCCCGUUAUUGAUGACAAAAAGGACGAUUUCUCCUCCACCAAUUUAAAAAAUAUUUUCUUAGAAUAUUCUAGACGCAAUGUCACAGCUAUACUUCAAAAUGUAUAUCCUGAUUGGAUAGCUGGAAGAGCAACGAAUCAGUCUUUUAAAAUCAAUCUUGUGAUUAAUUAUCCCGAGCAGACAAUCUUAUAUAAGGUUGGAUUCUGGGAGCUUUUCAAAUGGGCUUUUGUGCAGUAUGUGGCUAUCUUUGCAAUAUUUGCAUAUGUAUUUCAUCGAUUAAAAGGCUAUGUAUUUCAGAAACACUUGUUACCAUCUAUUAUCAUACAUCCACUGAAACGAGACUUGUGAUAUAAAAUAUAACAUCCUGUCAGCCUGUAAUGCAAUUUUUAUAUCUUUAGUUUUAUAUUUGUAAUAAAAAUUAAUUUUAUAAUGUAAAAAUGUAUUUUUCCGAGCCUUAUUUCUGUAUCUGUAUUUAUGCAUAUGUUUGAAAUAAAAAUAUAAUUUAUGGUA